CUUUCUUUUGCUACCUCCAGAACAUCAGGCGGGCAUUUCUCCAAUAACGUGUUUGGAUCUAUCCUGGAGGGAGUAAAGCAAUGGUCUGAUAAAAACUGAUGAAAAUCCAGCCAGGCUUUUUCUCAGGACUGAUUUCGUAGUUUUCACUUUCAGGGAAUCCCAGUGAUCAAAGCGCUGGAAAAUUCUCACGUUUCUGGAAAAUGUCAUGAGUUUCCUCAAAGGCAUCAUUGAUUCUCUGGGCUCCAUCUUCUCUGAUUCUACUUCUCCGGACGAGGCUCAGUCAAGCCCUAAUUUUUCCGAUAAUCGGGCGAUGGACGGCGUCGUCGGAACUGGCGUUUCGAACCAGCGGAUUGCGUAUAAGCUAAAAGGCUAUUACGAUUUGGCGACGGAGGAAAUUGCCAAGGCUGUUAGGGCAGAAGAGUGGGGUUUGGUCGAUGAUGCAAUUGUUCAUUACAAGAAUGCGCAGCGUAUAUUGAUCGAAGCCAGUUCGACUAGUACACCUUCUUUUAUCAGUUCUAGUGAACAAGAGAAGGUGAAAUCUUAUCGUCAAAAGAUAUCAAAAUGGCAGGGUCAAGUUGCAGAGAGACUUGAAAUUUUAAUCAGGCGAGCAGGUGGCACAUCCACAAACAAGAACACCUUAGCUGACACAAAAACUGCUACAACUUCUUCAACAAAAUCUAAUGCUAGAACAGAUGUAUUACAAAAGUCUCCACUUACCAAUAGGCGCAGCCCCAUUAUGAGGAGUCAGUCAGAUAAAGUUGUAAGCUCAAAACCUGUACAAGAAUCUGGUCCUGGCUAUGAUGCAAAAUUGGUUGAAAUGAUAAACACUGUGAUUGUGGACAGAAGUCCUUCUGUUAAAUGGGAUGAUGUUGCUGGUCUUGAAAAGGCAAAGCAGGCAUUAUUGGAAAUGGUUAUUCUACCAACUAAAAGAAAAGACCUGUUCACUGGCCUUAGAAGGCCUGCUAGAGGUCUACUUCUCUUUGGUCCACCUGGUAAUGGAAAGACCAUGCUUGCCAAGGCUGUUGCUUCAGAGUCAGCGGCAACAUUUUUUAAUGUUUCUGCAUCUUCCCUUACAUCAAAGUGGGUGGGAGAGGGUGAAAAACUUGUCCGGACUCUGUUCAUGGUUGCUAUUUCCAGGCAACCAUCAGUGAUUUUCAUGGAUGAAAUUGAUAGCAUUAUGUCAACAAGGAUGACAAACGAGAACGAGGCAAGCAGGAGGUUGAAGUCAGAGUUUCUGGUACAGUUUGAUGGGGUCACUUCUAAUCCUGAUGAUCUUGUAAUUGUAAUUGGUGCAACUAAUAAACCACAAGAAUUGGAUGAUGCAGUUCUUAGGAGAUUGGUAAAGAGAAUAUAUGUACCAUUACCAGAUGAAAAUGUCAGGAGGCUUCUUCUAAAACACAAACUUAAAGGCCAAGCAUUUUCCUUACCUGGUGGAGAUCUAGAAAGACUUGUGCAGGAGACAGAAGGAUAUUCUGGAAGUGAUCUACAAGCCUUGUGUGAAGAAGCUGCGAUGAUGCCAAUUAGAGAGCUUGGUACAAAUAUUCUGACUGUCAAAGCUAAUCAGGUAAGGCCACUAAGAUAUGGAGAUUUUCAGAAGGCAAUGACUGUUAUUAGACCCAGCUUACAGAAAGGCAAGUGGCAAGAGCUUGAAGACUGGAACCAGGAAUUUGGCUCCAAUUAAACGCCUGCUACGACUUGAACUGGCUUGUAAUGUGUUUCAAAGCAAGCCUUGUUCGUUUGGCUGCUGACAGCCGAGAAAAAACCAAUCCAAUAAAUAAAUAAAAUGCAAAAAAAAAAAAAAGGAAAAAAGAAAAAAAGCAGCAGAUCCUAAUGCACCUACAUGGUGUAAAUGUCUCGCCACCGUACACCUAAGGCCUCUCCCAAGCUCAAACUUCAGUGUAGCUGUGUAAUAUAUGACUUUUAUAUAUUUGAUUUAAACUGAUGGGAAUGAAUGAAAGGCCUUUCCCCCUUUUUUUUUCCUU